AAGGAGGAGGAGGCGAACAUGGAGGACCGAGGACCGUGAGAGCCGAGAGAGCGGUAGUUUUGUUUUUUUUUUUUAUUUGGGGGGGGGGGGAGAGAGGAAAAAAAGUGGAUGUAUUUUCAGCCGAGCUGCUUCUGUGGAGACUUUAUUUUUUAUGUCCGGCAGUUCGAAGGAGAAAGUUUGUAAUGCUGUGAGGAUCAACUUUUCGGGUGGAAAAAAAGGGCAGGGGGUCUGGCGUCAGCGAUAACCCCCCUCACCGUCCCAGCGCUAUGCCGUGGGUGAGCAGCGGUAGACGGGGAGAGAGCUCGGAGCUGCCGCUGCCCGCCGGCUGGGAAGAAGCACGGGAUUACGACGGCCGGGUGUUUUUUAUCGAUCACAACACCCGACAGACCUCUUGGAUCGAUCCCAGAGAUAGGAUUACCAAACCGCUGACGUUUGCUGACUGCGUUGGAGAUGAACUGCCUCUAGGUUGGGAGGUGGUGUAUGACCAGCAGGUGGGAGUUUACUACAUCGACCACAUCAACAAGACCACCCAGAUUGAGAAUCCACGGACGCAAUGGCGGCAGGAGCAGGAGCGCAUGCUGAAGGAGUACCUGGUGGUGGCCCAGGAGGCCCUCCACGCCAAGAGGGAGAUGUAUUUGGUCAAGCAGCAGCGUCUAGAGCUGGCUCAGCGGGAGAUGCUACUCUUGCACGAGCUCUCCGAGGAAGACAACCUGUCCCUCACCAGCACAGUCUCUGGCUCGUCUUCAAAUGCAAAAUAUGACCCUGACCAAAUCAAAGUGGAAAUAGCUUGUAGACGAGAGCGGCUUUCCCGACUCAAACAGGAGCUGGCUCAGAUGAAGCAAGAGCUUCAGUAUAAGGAAAUGGGAGUGGAGACCCUACAGGAGAUUGACAGGAAGAUGUCCUGCAGUCAGACAAACUACAAGCUGGAUGAAGCUCAGGCCAUCUUCAAUGAGCUGCGGAGCAUCAAGAAGGCAAUCAGUACAGGCGAGAAAGAGAGGCAGGACCUCAUCCAGAGCCUGGCUAAGCUGACGGUGAACUUCCAGAGCAGCUUGUCUAUUAGUGACUCAGCAAACGAGGUGGCACAUAGCACUGGACCUCUGGGCGACUCCUGUAAUCUGCAGCAGUAUUGUGACACUGGCUGUCAGACUGACAUCAUGGGAGAGUAUGGUUCCCAAGAGUCCUCGCAACUGGUGGACAAAGUUAAACUCAACUGGCAGUAUGAGGAAGCCAAGAAAACGGUGCAGAAUAUACAGCACCAGCUUGCACAGCUGGACAGUGAGAGCUGGUCAGGUCGGGCAGAGGCAGACCGGGACCGGGACUUCAUGCAACUUCUGCGUGAGAAGGAAGCCCUCCUGCAGGAGAUCAUCCUGGUCAGCAAGCAGCAGCACCCACCAGAGACCUUGCUGCAGCUUGAGGAGGAGCGCCGGAGGCUGGAAGAUGAGGUGCAGAUGGCUCACAAUUCCCAGAGCCAGGGAGCCAAUCAGAGGAUUCUGCAGCAGGAGAAGAGGAAUGUCCUCCUUAGACAGCUUGAGGAGGCCACACGCAUCACCACCUACCUUCACUCCCAGCUCAAGAGCCUGUCAGCCAGCUCUCUGACGGCGUCGUCCAGCAGCAGCCGCGGCUCACUGGCCUCCAGCCGGGGCUCACUGGCAUCAAGCCGGGGCUCUCUCAGCUCUAUCAGUUUCACUGAUAUCUAUGGCCUGCCCCAGUAUGAGCGCCACGAGGGGUCCAACGAGCCUCAUGACUCCCACUUGCGCUACCUAUUGCCCCAAGAAGCCUUGUCCAGAGACUGUCCCAUAUUUACUCCAGAUCCUCUGAUCCAAAGUAAAGCCAAGCGCUCACACGACACCCCCCAGUCCCUGGCCUCCCUCUCCUCCCGUUCCUCCCUCUCCUCCUUGUCACCACCCAGCUCUCCCAUGGACACGCCUUACCACUCUGCCUCUCAGGACUGCCCUCUCACCCAAAUGACAGAAGAGUACAUGGAGCUGGCUGGCCGUGGCCUGUUGGAAGGGCUGCGGGGCAGCCAGUCCCACAUGGCCUCAAAUGCCGCUAUGUCCAGUGGUGAGGAGCCGGGAGGCUCUGCUGCUGUUCACCAACUGGAGAACAAGAGUCACAGAGACAGCACUCCUCAGGGGGCAUUCACGUCCACAGGAGUGACUCUAAGGUGUAAUAGUGCCAACAGAAGCGGUAGGAGGGCCAGGAGAGUGUCUGCAGGCAUGUCAGAGGAUGCUCUGGCCACAGACAGUGGGGUCUUUGAGGCCUGGGGCAGAAGGGCUGAGGAGUCGGAUGAGAUGGUGUAUGUGAAAGAGAUUACUUCUUUGAGCGAGCCUGCUCAGAUCCAGCUUGGAUUACUAUAUGACUCCAGCUCACAGUCUCUCCUUCUACAUCUGCUACAGCUGAGGAAUUUGAACAAGUCUUUUGUGAAAGAUGGCUAUAAAGUGUAUGUGAAGGUGCACUUAAUUCCGCUGGACGCCAGCAGGGCCUGUGCUUUUUACUGUUGUAAAGCGCUGGAGCCGCAAUCACAGAUGAGCUUCAAUGAAGGCUUCCACAUUCCUGUUCCCGCAAACGCGCUGGCAGUGUGUGCUCUGCAACUGUCUGUCUGCUCACUGGGACCGCAGGCGCAGGAGGAGCUGUUGGGAACAGCGCAGGUGAGCUUGGUGGAGUGUGAGGGAAGUACAGAGAUGGUGUUCUGUUGGCUGCGCGUUCAGAUGUUGGGCGGGGCGGAGCUGCCAAGGCCGGAGCAGAAGAGUCUUGGCCACAGUAAACAACACGACAGCCAGGAAGAAGAUCAGAGGCCCAGAGCCUCGGAGACCGUGUGCAAUCUGCUUCCCCGUGUCGUCACCACCACCACCACUCGUCUGGAGGAGGGAGACAGAGAGUUGGAGAGGAAGGAGGAGCCGGGGGAGGCAACGUCAGAGAGGAGCUGGCAGGCAGAGUCGGUGGACAGCGGUUGCAGCAACAGCACAGCAUUCGCGACCCCAUGUCCAGAGGGCUUGUGUGCAGAGGGCAUCUGCACCACCGGAGGGCGCUGUGUCCAUCCAUUCAGCAAACAGCCUACUUCAAAGGUGGAGAAGUCCACUAUGACUGAGGGCAUGUUCCCAGAGCCGUUGAGAGUCCGACCCAAGGAGAGGGGAAGUCGCUGGGGUCAUUCCUCGCCAUUCAUGCGCAGCAGCACCAUUGUUCGCUCUCAGACCUUCUCCCCCGGAGCACGCAGUCAGUAUGUCUGCAGAUUAUAUCGCAGUGACAGUGACAGCUCAACUUUACCAAAGAAGUCUCCCUUUGUCAGAAACACAUUGGAAAGGAGAACAUUGCGAUACAAGCAGCAGCAGUCGUAUAGGUCCUCUUUGGCUGAGCAGCCGACACGUACCUCCCUGGAUCUGGAGCUGGAUCUCCAGGCCUGCAGGACACGUCAGAGGCAGCUGACAGAGGAGCUGAGCACCCUGAGGGAGCUGAAGCUUCGCCUGGAAGAGCCACAGGCCAAGGAGGCAACUGAGCUGCCCCACUGGGCCCUGAGGGACGAGCGCUUCCGCUGCCUGCUCAGAGAGGCCCAGAGACAGGCCAACCAAAGUCGGCAGGAGCAGCGGCAGGAGGAGGCGGCAGAGAGGAGGCUGAGGAAGGCCUCCAAAGAGGUUCUGCAAAUGAGGGGGCAAAGCCAGAAGGAGCCCCUUCCUGUGCAAACCUUCAGAGAGAAGAUGGCUUUUUUCACAAGACCAAGGUAUAACAUACCUCCUUUUCCAGCUGAUGACGUAUGAGAACUUGCCUCUGUGUUAUGUGACUAUAUGAAGUAUUUGUCAAAUUUCAUGAAGUACAAAGUUUAGUUAUUUCUAAUGAGAAUACAGGCAAUGACGCGCAAAUUUUGAAGAUUCAGAGGUUUCGCAUUUUCAAGAGCGUUCGUGUGGCUAUACUUAUGAACAUACACAAGUACACACAAUACACAGUUAUUGACAACAGCAUGACUGUUCAUUUCCUUUUUUGGGAAGAGGACUUUUAUAAAAAAAAAAAAAGAAGCAGUAUCUCUUAACUCCUGUAUGAUUUAUUUCUGUUGUUUGUGCUUACAAAAGGCUGGAAGACGGGAACAAAGUCAGUUUGGACAAAUUCACUGUACUGUAACUUAUUUUAUAGUACUUUUCCUUGAAGGAAAUUUAAAACGCUUCCCGCUUUUUAAGUGUAUUUUGUAGCUUUGAACAAAUAGCACUUCAGUGUUUUUACAUAAAGUAAAAUGGAAUUAUUGUCUGAUUUUUGUUUCUGUUACUUAAUUCUUAAAAGUUAUUUACAUAAAAUGUCACUUUGUAAUCCACUUUUAUUACAGAUGUCGUUCUUUUGUUAUGUUAUUAAAAUUAAUAUUAAUUAUUUCAUGUACUUUUCAAUAUAUGGAUGAAUAUAUGAAACACUGUAUUCAGAUUUUUAUGAUGUCUGUAUGAACAUCUGCAGUGUUACCUCUUGUGAAGAUAAAAUCAUUAAACAACCUCU